AUGGAUGUGUACCAAAGAGCAUUAAAGAACCCAGAUCCACCAAAAAAGCCAACUACACACUCAAAAUCGAAUCUGUUGGAAAGCGAGCCAAAAGUCUCAUUUAUUCCCGGGGUACCAAGCAUUAGUCAGUUGCAUCAAGAGCUGCGGCUACAACAAACUCUACAGCCAUUACCACCUCUUAUACAGCCUCAACAACAUUUAAAUACCAUAGUACCAACGUUUCCUGCUCAACAACUGGCCUUUCCUCCGCAACAAUCUCAACCAACAUCACAGAUACAGACACAGUUUGUGCAACCGCAGCCGCUGCUACAAGUUCCUAACCAAGGGAAUAUGCAGCCACCGCAUACUAUCUCGCCCAAUAACUCAGUCACCAGCAUAUACCAAAAGAGGUCGCCAGUGCUAACAACUGCACUCAAUCAACAACCAGAGCAAAACCAACAACAACAACAACAACUGGUGCUGCUGCAACAGCACGCUCAAUUAAAGCAUGAUUUCUCGUCAAAGAAAAAGAGAAAUUCACGCCGUAAGCAUCGCAAUUCUCAUCUUGGCUGUGGUACAUGCAAAAAGAGAAGAAUAAAAUGUGAUGAGACACUACCAUCCUGUCUCAACUGUUUAAAGGGGAAGCUUCACUGUGCUUAUUUGAACCUCGAUAAUCAUGCAAGAAGUGCCUUACGAAUGGCUCAGUAUAAUCAAAACAUGAGACAGGAGAGAUCAGAGACUGACAAUCUUACUGAUGAACAACAGCAACAGCAACAGCAGCAGCAAAUAAACCCCCCACUAAUUCAACAGCAAUCGCAGAACGGCCCAAUUCUUGCAUCAGUACCAGGUGCACCACCACCGCCGCCACCACCUGGAGUGCCAUUAAUGGCCAAUAGCGGUUCUUUUAUCACCGUGCAACAACCGAUCGGUCCAGGUCUAGGACCAGGACCAGGCGCCAGCUCAGCCAUGCCUUCUACGGCUGUAAUGCAGUCACCUUAUGGCCCAAUAUCAUUGGUUCCUGUAUUGACCAACACUGGUGCCGUUGUAUAUGCACCCACAUCAACUUUGGCAGGUGUUGAACCAGUUUCUCACCAGUCUACACCAACGCCAUCAGUGCAACUAUCGACACAUGCACAGCAGCCACUAUCCCAGCCAUCUAUUCCACUACCACCACAACAACAACAAAGGCCAAAUUCAAUACGUGGAAGGGUGCCUUCAGUUUUAUCAGCAUCAUCAUCAGCAGGCCAAGAUACCUCAGUCAAAGUUCCAGCAUCAGUGUCUCCAUUGCAACAAAAUCAACGUCAACGAUUGCCAUCAUUAACGCCGAUUACUUCAACAGCUGCCAGCGCAGCAACUUUGGCGUCGCAAAAUAUACUGAUUAAACCAAAACAGCAACAACGAGAUGACCAGCAGCAUCCUUCCAACACUGAUAUCAGGUUCCCACCACUCCCUCUCGCACCUAUCUCAGUGCCUAGCAUCAGUGUAUCUAAAUCAGUAUCAUCAUCAGUCUCACCUUCAAUCAAGUCCGAUUCUGAGUUUGUUACCACGCUGAACACAGCGCCUGUAUUGUCGCCAAUAUCAAUGGCGAAUGACGGUACUAAAGGUGGCCCACUGGCAACGUCUGAUAAAUCGCCUAUCCUUCCAAGCAUUUCGCAAAUCACGGGACAACAGUCAACCAGAUCCCCACCUGGAAGUGCUGGCAAUACACCUGCAACUAUGAAUCUGUAUCGAGAAGACCGUGACCGUGACCGCGCUUACACUCGUUCUGAAGCAAACACAGCCUCAGUUUCAAGAUCAAGGUCACGCUCACCAACACGAUCACAUUCUCGCACAACAAGCCCCCAAUCAACGGUGCCAAAUGCAGCGAAUGCUACUAUUACUACCACUACUUCAAAUGAAUCAAAUCUAAUUCCGAAACUGGGAUCGGUGUCUAAUUUUGGCUCCCUAAGUAUCAAAGAAGAGGAGAUUAGUAAAAAUGGCGAAUUGCUGAAGUUGCCUAAGACUGGUGUCGAUGCUGCUGCUACUGCUGCCGAUAAUGGGUUGCAAGAGGAGAAGGUGUCAAUAUCGAAAUUGAUAACUUAA